AUGCACAUUUUCUGCCAGUCGAAUGCACAAUAUGCCCUGUGUACAUCGCGUGGAGUGUCGGAAUGUGAGGCUGAUGUGGGCAUCUUGUGGGCUCUGACUGAUCCCUUCUCAUCUGACUUGUCUUCCAUCUUGUUGUGGAGGACGGAGAGCGAUGCUGCCAGUGACCAAAGUGGAGAUGACCCAGACUUGAAAAGCAGCAGCUUGAGCGCACCUGCAGAUCAGCCUGAGGUGGGCAAGAAUGACAACGCUGGACCUUCUUUGGCAUCUUCAAAAGGCAGUGAUGACAUGGACAAGGAGCUGGCCAGCUUCAUGGAAGAACUGGAGACCAGUGGCCUGCUGGGAGAUGAGGAGGAUGUUGCCCCUGCUGAGGUUGCAGAAAAAGCUGCCCCUGCAGCAGCUGAAGUUGCCGCCGAAACAGGGGACGAGGAACCUUCUUCCACAGGAGCAGGCGAGCAGCGCAUAAUCGGCAAGGUUGAGGGCACAGAGGACUGGCACAAGGUUCUGGACACCGCCAGCGGAAAAAUGUACUACUGGAACCUUGCGACCAAUGAGGUGGCAUGGGAACCCCCUCCAGAGGCGACUGUUGACCCACCUGACAGACCAGAUCGGGAAGUCCUGGGCGAAGCUGGCGUGGCGGAAGAUGCCCAAGGGUUGGAGCAGGAGGGUAUGGGGACGGGUGCAAACUUAACUGGCGGGGACGCUGAAAAUGUGAUGGAGGAUAAUGUGGCUGGCUCAGAUGGAUCUGGAGAAGCUGGUGGUCAGGAUGCCAGCAGCGGAUCUGAUGGUGCCCGUGGCGAGGGCUGUGACCCGCUGAGUGAUGGCCAUGGUGACAGUGCCGAUGGUGGUGUUGAGGAGGGGGUGGAAGAGGGGGAGGUGAGUGUGGCAGCCCCUUGUGUAUCUCCGAGCCAGGAGGUGUGGCAGAGGCUUUCAGAUGCUGCCGAGAGGACGAGGCUGGCGGCGGGGGCUGCACUGGAUUCUGUCCCUGCGGCUGUGCGCCGGGCCCUGCAGGCUCAAAUCCGCUUCGAGGACUACGCAUAUCUGUCAGGCCAGGUGCAGGCCUGGGCAGGAGGGACGUCUGACGCACUGCAGGCGUUCUGGGCUGUUUACGAGGCGUACCUGGGGGUCUGCAGCGAGAGUGCAGUGGCCCAGAGCUUGCAGGAGGGGCCACAAAAGUCUGCUGCAGCUGGGGAGGAGGGCGGUGAAGGCGUUGAGGAUGGCGAGUUGGCAGAUCAGGAAAGCAUGGAGGUGGAUGGUAUGGGGCAAGCUGCACAAGUUGAGGAGAUGGGUGUCGCAGAUGUUGCUGCCGAUUCUGUGUACACCGCCUCACAUGGAUAUGAGUGGGGUCAGUAUGGUUACCAGUAUGCAGGUGAUGCUUCGGCAUACCACCAGGCGUACUACAGCAUUCCUCACCACACUGCAGGCGAGCAUGUGGACGCGGGAGAUUCGGAGGUGAGCCAAAGUUCCAGAGGAACGAGUUUCAGCAAGGGAGGCCAACAAGCAUGA